UCGCGCGAUCCUUCACCACAGCGGACCGCCCAUCGUGUACCGUGUUAUCAGUGGGGGAUCUUUGCAUCCGUCCCCCGUCUUUCACCGUGCAAACGCGUACGUCAUAAACAGCCGGCAACGAACCGGGAGUGCCAUCCCCCCUCCCGCCCAUUCCUCGCCCGACUGAAGUGAAGGGCGUAAAGUGAAGUGUAUUCCCCCGCAGCUUAAGUGAGCGCCCGCUUAUCACAUUAGUGUCCAGGAAGCCCACCGCUCAAGGCAAAUGGAAGCGACGCGCGUUCGGCUUAGCCCGAAUCCUCGCCAGAAGGCAAACUUCCUCUCAGUGCUAACCUUCUGGUGGACGGUGGACAUGUUCCGGAAGGGCUACAAUCAAACGUUUGAUAUCAGCGAUCUGUACACACCGCUGGAGGAGGAUCGUGCCGAUCGGUUGGGCAAUCGUUUGGAACGACAGUGGCACCGGCAGCUCGAGCGGCAGCGCUACACGCCAUCCCACAGCCCCUCCCUAGUAAGGGCCAUCUUCCGGACGCUGUGGAAGGAAUGGGUCACCCUGUCCGUGCUGGCGUUCUUUGCCGAGGUUGUGCUGCGCCUGCUGCAGCCGAUUUUUCUCGGCCGAAUGCUGCUCUACUUCCGCGAAGGAUCGAACGUGACGCGCGAGGACGCACUGUACUACGCCUGCUGCAUGGUGGCGGUGCGAGCCAUCAUCGUCCUGUGCGACAACCAGUACGGCAUCAUCUCGGUGCUGACCGGGGUGAAGGCGAAGAUUGCUGUCUGCAGCGUGGUGUACCGGAAGUCGCUGCGGCUGGCGCGCAACGCGCUCGGCGACACCUCGCCCGGGAAGAUGGUGAACCUGAUGUCGAACGAUGUGAACCGGUUCGAUAUCGCGUCCUACCUGGUCUGCUUCAUGUGGACGUCCCCGCUGGUGAUGCUGCUCGCCUCCGUGCUACUCUGGUACGAGAUCGGUUGGUCCGGUGUGGCCGGGCUGGUGGCGAUCGUCAUCAUUACGCCGAUACAGUCAUAUACUGGCACGUUGACGUCACGGUACCGUUUGCGCACCGCACUCAAGACGGACGAGCGCAUCCGGCUAAUGGACGAAAUCAUUGCCGGCAUCGCCGUCAUCAAGCUGUACGCCUGGGAGCGACCGUUCGCGAAGCUCAUCUCCCAGGCACGGCGCAACGAGAUGCGGGAGGUGCUGAAGAGCGGCUACCUGCGGGCACUGUACAUGUCCUUCCAGUUGUUCACCACCCGGGCCGCCAUACUGGGCGUGAUGCUGGCGUUCAUAGCGCUCGACGAGGACAUUACCGCGGCGAAGGUGUUCGUCGCCGCCAGCUACCUGUCCAACGUGUCCUACACGAUGGCCGGCCUGUUCGGCCGGGGCAUUGCCGAGCUGGGGGAAGGGCUGGUGGCGACCCGGCGGCUGCAGCGCUUUCUCGAGUACGAUGAGGUGCAGGCGCCCGCAAAACCGAACCAAGCCACUGGAAAGGAGAAGGAAAAUGGCACCGUGAGUGAGGCGCGCCGUUUGCUGAACGAACCAACGGACGGGCCGCUGCCGGACGGGGUGGCCAUCCAGCUGCGUGCGCUGACCGCCCGCUGGACCGUGCCGGGUGAGGUGGACAGCGAGCGGGUGAAGGUCGUGCCGCCGGCGACCCUGUCCGAGCUGAGCGUUCAGUUUAGGCGGGGCAGCUUGAUCGGCAUCGUCGGGCCGGUCGGUUCGGGCAAGAGCUCCGUGCUGCAGGUGCUGCUGCGGGAGCUACCGGUCGAGAGUGGCCGUUUGCAGCUGGCCCGCGGCUGCUCGAUCGCUUACGCCAGCCAGGAACCGUGGCUGUUUACCGGCAGUUUGCGGCAGAACGUUCUGUUCGGUGAACAGCUCGACCAGUACCGGUACCGGCAGGUGCUGAAGGUUUGCGCCCUGCAGCCGGAUCUGGCCCAUCUGCCGGCGGGUGAUAUGACCGUGAUUGGCGAGCGAGGCGUUUCGCUGUCCGGUGGCCAGAAGGCACGCAUCUGCUUGGCACGGGCCGUCUACCGGCAGGCGGACGUGUACCUGCUGGACGACCCGCUCAGUGCGGUGGAUGCGCACGUCGCCAAACACCUGUUCGAGCUGUGCAUCGGCAACGGGGGCUUCCUGAAGCGGCGCAACCCGAACGCAACGCGCAUACUGGUGACGCAUCAGGUUCACUUUCUGAAGCAGGCGGACUGGGUCGUUGUCAUGAAGGAGGGUCGGGUAGAGGCGCAAGGCACACCGCAAGAGCUGCAGCAGCGUGGCAUCGAGCUGGAACAUCUGGAGCCGUCGUCCGAAUGCAUGGACGGGGACGCGUCCACGCAUCCCGCUAGCAAUCGCACGAUUUCACACACCUCCACCGCAUCCACCGUCACGGUGGACAGUGUAACGCUCGAGGAGUUCAACGCCGGCGAUGGGGACGAGCAGGAGGCGGCCAAGAACAAGUUCGAAGCGUCCUCGCAAGGAACCGUCCCGGGCUCGGUGUUUCUGCAGUACGCGUCCAGUGCCGGCAGCUGGCUGAUCUUUGUCGGGCUGGUGCUCCUGUUCGCCAUCACGCAGCUGAUCGUGAGCGUGGCCGACUGGUGGCUGUCGUACUGGACCGGGCUGGAGGAAACUGCCGGCUCGGGGCGGCCGAUUGCGCCCGAUCGCAAUCAAACCGAGCAGCAGCAGGCCGACGAUCCCACCAGCCACCAACUCAGCAGAGAUAUGUGCGUUCUCGUGCAUGCCACACUGGUGGGCACCAUCUUUUUCGUGGCCAUACUGCGUGCCUUUGGGUUUUACAAGGCGUGCGCCCGUGCCUCACAGUCCAUCCACGAUGCCGUGUUUUCGGGGUUCAUCGGCGCCCGGAUGCGCUUCUUCGAGACGAACGCGUCCGGCCGCAUCCUGAACCGCUUCUCCAAGGAUAUGGGCGCGAUGGACGACAUGCUGCCCAAGUCGAUACUGGACGCCACGCAAACACUGCUCAUGUUUGCCGGCGCCAUGCUGGUGGUGGUGUUUGUGCAACCGUUCUUCAUGGUACCGAUCAUGCUGCUGUUCGUGGUGCUACUGUUUGCGCGCCGAGUGUACCUGCGCACGUCACAAAACACGCGCCGGCUCGAGGGAAUAACCAGAUCGCCCAUCUUCACGCACAUUGCGGCCACCCUGACCGGGCUGCCGACGAUACGGGCCUACGGCGUGCAGGAGCUACUCAUCCGCGAGUUCGACACGCACCAGAACGUGAACACCGGCGCGUACUUUAUGUUUCACUCGGGGCGCAUCGCGUUUGGCCUCUUUCUCGACAGCAUCUUCUUUCUGUUUCUCGCGAUCGUCACGUUCAGCUACCUGAUGCUGGAUGAGGAUGCGGUCGGUGCGCGCGUCGGCCUCGCCAUCACGCAGAUCGGUAGCAUCGGCAGCCAGCUCCAGUUCGGCAUCCGGCAGAGCGCGGAAAUGUUUAACCAUCUGAUCGCGGUCGAGCGGCUGCUCGAGUACCGGGAGCUGCCGGCCGAACGGUCCCAAACCGUAGCCCCGCUGCCGGUCGUUCCAGUACCAGCCGAUUGGCCGCAGCACGGGCGGAUCGAGUUCCGAAACGUUAGCUUCCGCUAUGCCGAGCACGAUGUGGCCGUGCUGCACCGGCUUAGCUUUGCGGUUGCCGCCCAGGAAAAGGUGGGCAUCGUGGGCAGGACGGGCGCAGGGAAGUCCUCCCUCAUUGCCGCCCUGUUCCGGAUGGCGCUGGUCGAGGGUGACAUACUGAUCGAUGGCACCGACACGGCGCACGUCCCGCUGGAGCAGCUCCGCUCGCACAUCUCCAUCAUACCGCAGGAUCCGGUCCUGUUCUCCGGCACGUUGCGCCGCAAUCUCGAUCCGUUCGAGAGCUACCCGGACGCGGCGCUGUGGCGGGCGCUCGAGCUGGUGGAGCUGCGCGAGCUGGCGAGCGAAUCGUCGGCCGGGCUGGGACUGCAGGCGUACGUGGCGGCGGGCGGGCAAAACUUUAGCGUCGGCCAGCGGCAGCUGCUCUGUCUGGCGCGUGCGAUCCUGCGCGGCAAUCGGAUACUGGUGCUGGACGAGGCGACCGCCAACGUGGACCCCGACACGGACCGGCUGAUACAGCGCACGAUCCGGGAGCAGUUCGCCCAGUGUACGGUGCUGACGAUCGCGCACCGGCUCAACACGAUCAUGGACUACGACCGGGUGCUGGUGAUGAGCGACGGUACGGCGGUCGAGUUUGGGCGGCCGGCCGAGCUGCUGGCAAGGGAGGAUGGUGCGUUCCGCAGCAUCGUGCUGGCCACUGGGCGGGACGAGGCGGACAGUCUCAUGAAGAUGGUGCACAAUCUCGAGCAGGGCGCAGCGGGGGGAAUAAUGAAGCAGUGAUGCGGCAUACGUUGUUAAAGUUGCAAAAAAGUGUAGUGAACGUACUUAAGAAAAAGCUAGCGAAAGUUAGCGAAAGUAACAAAGUAGAUAGGAUUGUACUAGCAAAGCGAAAGUAGCAAUAAAAAUAAUGAACCGUUCUAAACGACA